CAAAAUUCUGGAUGAUAUAAAUGAAAGCAAAUAAAGGAUCCGACCAUCCAUUGAAAUUAUGCGUUGGUGCUUGCGACCUUUUUGAACAUUUGCUUGCUGCUGUUACUGUUGCUGUUUCAAUACAUACAUAACAUUACAUGGGGCCGCCCGUCGUCGAAUCACCAUCAACUGCUCUGCUGCCUCCUCCGUGCGCAUGUAUCUAUGUAUGUAUUCAUAUUUCACGCUCCUCCUCGCCCUCAAUUUGAUUCAGAAACCCGAAUUGCUGGAAUUGCUUGAGGCGCUGUCGUUUUCGUAGACGGGGAAGUUGGUCUCGUUCAGUCAAUCCGAGGUCGUUCACUUCUUUGACUCACUCAAUCAUGGAGCUGCUAAUUGCGCCGGAUCUUGUCUGAUCUACUUUUCUGCUCGAUUUCAUGCCGGGAUUAGCAUAGCAUGGUUUAGUUUAGGGUUUUAAUUUGAGGGGAUACCUGACUGAGAUAGGUUAGUUAUUGAUUUGUGGGGGGACAAGAACAAGAUGAUGAUUUCUAGGGGUUUGUUCGGAUGGUCGCCGCCGCAUAUUCAGCCGCUGACGCCGGUGUCGGAGGUAUCCGAGCCGCCGGAAUCUCCCUCCCCGUAUAUGGACACGGGGACGGGGGAGGCCGAACCUGUGGAGGUGGAGGAUGAGAUCGAGGCCGAUGGGGAAGAGAUGGAGCCCCCGCCGGCUGCCGUGCCCUUCUCCGGUCUCUUUGCCUGCGCCGACCGCCUCGAUUGGGUUCUUAUGUUCGUGGGUUCCCUGGCUGCCGCCGCGCACGGCACUGCUCUCGUUGUCUACCUGCAUUUCCUUGCUAAAAUUAUACAGCUGCUCCACUAUGGGUCUGACAACGCUGAUGGACUCUACGAUGAGUUCACUGAGCUUGCUCUAUCCAUUGUUUUUAUUGCUGCAGGAGUUUUUAUUUCGGCUUGGAUAGAGGUGUCGUGCUGGAUAUUUACUGGGGAACGACAGACUGCUGUGAUAAGGUCAAGAUAUGUUCAAGUUCUACUUAAUCAGGACAUGAGCUUUUUUGAUACUUAUGGGAACAAUGGAGACAUCGUGAGCCAAGUGUUGAGUGACGUACUGCUCAUUCAGUCUGCUCUCAGUGAAAAAGUUGGAAACUAUAUUCAUAACAUGGCCACUUUCUUUAGUGGUCUUGUAAUUGGAUUUGUCAACUGCUGGCAGAUUGCCCUUAUUACUUUAGCCACUGGUCCAUUAAUUGUUGCUGCAGGAGGAAUAUCAAACAUCUUUCUUCAUAGGCUUGCCGAGAAUAUCCAAGAUGCUUAUGCUGAAGCUGCAAGCAUUGCAGAGCAGGCAGUUUCUUAUAUUAGAACCCUAUAUUCAUUUACUAAUGAAACACUGGCAAAAUAUUCUUACGCAACUUCACUUCAAGCCACACUUAGGUACGGUAUAUUGAUAAGCCUUGUUCAAGGACUUGGACUCGGUUUCACAUAUGGACUUGCAAUCUGCUCUUGUGCAUUACAACUUUGGGUGGGAAGAUCCCUUGUGACACAUGGCAAAGCUCACGGAGGACAAAUAGUGACUGCCUUAUUUGCUGUUAUAUUGAGCGGCCUCGGGUUGAAUCAAGCUGCAACGAACUUCUAUUCUUUCGAACAAGGGAGAAUUGCUGCCUACAGACUGUUUGAGAUGAUAAGUCGAUCAUCAUCCACCAUUAACCAAGAUGGACUAACUCUUACAACUGUUCAAGGAAAUAUAGAAUUUCGAAAUGUAUAUUUUAGCUAUCUGUCUCGUCCUGAAAUUCCAAUUUUGAGUGGGUUUUACCUCACUGUUCCAGCUAAGAAGGCAGUUGCACUUGUUGGUCGAAAUGGGUCUGGUAAAAGCAGUAUCAUACCACUUAUGGAGCGAUUUUAUGAUCCUACCUUAGGAGAAGUUCUAUUGGAUGGUGAAAAUAUCAAAAUUCUGAAGCUGGAGUGGUUACGAAGUCAAAUAGGUUUAGUUACCCAGGAACCCGCCCUACUGAGUUUGAGUAUUAAAGAAAACAUUGCUUAUGGACGGAAUGUGUCUUUAGAACAAAUUGAAGAAGCUGCUAAAGUAGCUCAUGCACAUACAUUUAUCAGCUCUCUUGAGAAAGGAUAUGAUACUCAGGUUGGCAGGGCAUCCAUAACCAUGACAGAGGAACAGAAAAUCAAGCUUUCUGUUGCUAGGGCUGUGCUGUCAAAUCCAUCUAUUCUGCUUCUAGAUGAAGUCACAGGCGGGCUUGAUUUUGAAGCUGAAAAAUCUGUUCAGGAAGCCCUGGAUCUCCUCAUGUUUGGCCGCUCGACAAUCAUAAUAGCUAGACGGCUAAGUCUUAUUAAAAAUACUGAUUAUAUUGCUGUCAUGGAGGAAGGUCAACUUGUUGAAAUGGGUACACAUGAAGAAUUAAUAAACUUGGAUGGCCUUUAUGCGGAGCUGCUCAGAUGUGAAGAAGCUACAAAACUUCCUAGGAGGACGCCGAUGAGAAAGGAAACUGCUGCUUUUCAGAUUGAGAAAGAAUCUUCAGCAAGUCGCAACUUCCAAGAAUCGUCUUCCCCUAGAAUGGCCAAGUCACCAUCUCUUCAGAGAGUUGCUGGUGGCCACAUGUUUCGACCUUCAGAUGCCCCAUUCAACUCUCAAGAAUCUCCCAAAACACCUAGCCCCCCUCCGGAAAAUAUGAUUGAGAAUGGUGUUUCCAUGGAUGGAUUGGAUAAAGAACCUACUAUUAAAAGGCAGGAUAGUUUUGAGAUGAGACUACCUGAGUUACCCAAGAUUGAUGUUCGCUCUGCACCGCGCCAAACCAGUGCUUCGGAUCCUGAAUCCCCUGUUUCCCCUCUUUUGACAUCUGACCCAAAAAAUGAACGAUCUCACUCACAAACAUUUAGUCGACCACCUAGUGAGUUUGAUGUCCCUUCAACAACAAAAGAAUUGAAGGGUACACAGUCUCAAGAAGUGCCGUCCUUUUGGAGGCUUGUAGAGCUCAGCCUUGCAGAGUGGCUUUAUGCUGUUUUAGGAAGCACUGGUGCUGCAAUCUUUGGAUCUUUCAAUCCAAUUCUUGCAUAUGUUAUUGCGCUAAUUGUCGCGGCAUACUAUAAAAAAGAUGAGAAACAUCACAUGCGCCAAGAUAUAGAUAAGUGGUGCUUAAUCAUAGCGGGCAUGGGAAUUGUGACAGUGAUUGCCAACUUUUUGCAGCACUUCUACUUCGGUAUUAUGGGGGAGAAAAUGACAGAACGUGUUCGGAGAAUGAUGUUUUCUGCAAUGCUUCGAAAUGAGGUUGGAUGGUUUGAUGAGGAAGAGAAUAGUGCUGAUAACUUGUCCAUGCGAUUGGCAAAUGAUGCCACUUUCGUGAGAGCUGCCUUCAGCAACCGCCUUUCAAUAUUCAUACAAGACAGUGCUGCUGUUAUAGUUGCUGUUCUUAUUGGGGUUUUUCUGCAGUGGCGUCUGGCGUUGGUCGCCUUGGGUACUCUGCCCGUUCUUAUGGUUUCUGCUGCAGCACAGAAAUUAUGGCUUGCUGGAUUUUCCAAGGGCAUACAGGAGAUGCACAGGAAAGCAUCUUUUGUGUUGGAGGAUGCAGUUCGAAAUAUUUACACUGUUGUAGCAUUUUGUGCUGGAAACAAAGUAAUGGAACUCUACAGAUUGCAGCUCCGAAAAAUAUUUAAGAAAAGCUUUCUCCAAGGAAUGGCGAUUGGUUUUGCAUUCGGCUUUUCUCAGUUUCUUCUCUUUGCUUGCAAUGCUCUUCUUCUUUGGUAUACUUCUCUCUGUGUGAAGAACGGUCAUGUGGGUUUGGGUACAGCACUUAAAGCGUAUAUGGUGUUCUCUUUUUCAACUUUUGCGCUGGUUGAGCCUUUUGGCCUGGCUCCAUAUAUCCUUAAAAGAAGAAAGUCCUUGAGAACAGUCUUUGAGAUAAUUGAUAGGACUCCUAAGAUCGAUCCUGAUGAUACUUCGGCUUUGAAACCACCAAAUGUAUAUGGAAGCAUUGAGUUGAAAAAUAUCGACUUUGCCUAUCCGACGCGGCCUGAAAUCUUGGUACUUAGCAAUUUCAAUCUAAAGGUUAAUGGGGGGCAAACUGUAGCAGUUGUCGGUGUUUCUGGAUCUGGAAAGAGCACUAUUAUCUCUUUGAUGGAAAGAUUCUAUGAUCCUCUUGCUGGGCAGAUCCUACUGGAUGGACGUGACUUAAAAUCAUACAACUUGAGAUGGUUGAGGAGCCACUUGGGUCUUGUGCAGCAGGAACCAAUCAUAUUCUCAACGACAAUAAGAGAAAAUAUCAUAUACGCGAGGCACAAUGCAAGCGAAGCAGAGAUGAAAGAAGCAGCAAGAAUUGCGAAUGCUCAUCAUUUCAUCAGCAGCUUACCCCACGGGUACGACACCCACGUGGGGAUGAGGGGUGUGGAUUUGACACCAGGACAAAAGCAACGAAUUGCAAUUGCUAGGGUUAUCUUGAAAAAUGCGCCUAUUCUGUUGCUGGACGAGGCUAGCUCAUCAAUCGAGUCUGAGUCAAGCCGGGUGGUGCAGGAAGCUCUAGAUACACUAAUUAUGGGAAACAAAACUACAAUUCUCAUUGCACAUCGAGCAGCAAUGAUGAGGCAUGUUGACAACAUAGUUGUACUUAAUGGUGGGCGAAUUGUCGAAGAAGGGACCCACGACACACUAAUGGCCAAGAAUAGUCUAUAUGUCCGGUUAAUGCAGCCUCACUUCGGCAAGGGGAUGCGCCAGCAUAGGCUUGUAUAGAAAACAUCCUGUGAUGUGCUCUCGGGAUUUUUGUUCUUUUUUGUCUUUUCCAUUGCUAUCUGGUCAUUACCAUGCUGUUCUUCUCUUGACAUAUCUGCAGCAGCUGCUCCAGUGCCGUGCGUGAUGACUACAAGAUUUGUUGCUUAAUUCUUUUGGAGGAAGGGCAAGAGUUGGAUCAUUUUGUCCGAAAACAGUGUGUUGAUUUGGAGUCGGAUCGGAUAAUGUUGGUAUUGCAUUCGUUCUUUCUUUAUUGGGCUGUGAUUUAUAUAUAUAUAUUUUUUUCUGGGAAUAUGAGGAAGGAACAUGGAAAACUAGUAGUUGUUUCGAUGAUAUUAUUAAUUCUUGCUCUUUCAGAAUAGUUGUUUCGACUAGCUAACAGAAUAGUCGGUGAUUGUGUUGGUGUUAAUAUUGUUGUUGUUGUUUGAGAUUGAGAUUUUGAAAUUGAAAUUGAUGAGUUUAGUUUUUGUUGGUGUGUAAAGGGAAGCAGCUUUUGCCUCUGGCAAGUCUCCUUUGAUGUUGUUGGUGCAGACCAGUGUUUUUAAGGUAAUCUCUCUCUCUCUAGAAGUGUUAGAUAUGGCUUAGUUUGUAAUCUAUUAUAUUUGUAGAUGAGAUGAGAUGAGAUUAUUUUUGGGUGUGGAUAGAGGUUGUGGUUAUAGAAUUUGUAGUGCUUCUUGUUACAUGAACAUUUUUUAUGCUUUAGAAUCGUUAAUUUGGAGCUGAUUGACUUUUGCUC